ACAGGGGGUUGUGUCUCGCGAUAGACAUGGCAAGCACUCAGCUGGUGGGAGGGAAGGUGUGGUGAGGACUCUCGCGAGAGCUGAAGACACGCAGCCGCCGCGGCGGCCGGAGAGUGGAGAGGACCGGAAGUCCUUCCUCCCGAGCGCGCAGUGCAGGAGGCGGCCUGACUUUCCUUCCCGGAAGCCCUUCUCCAGCAGCUGGGAAGACAGCCCACCUGCCCGGAAGUCCCGCCUCCUCGAGCGCCCCCACCCUUCCAGAAGUUUUCCUGUCACCUGUGCUUGCCUCCGUCCCCCUUCCCGGGCCUGUCCCUGUACCCGAAAAGGAUACGCUUAGUGCCUCCCUUCCUGCCCCACUGAACGGGUUGGCUGUCCCACUCCCGGACCCGGGGUUCCUUCCCCGCGCCCCCAUGUAGCUGGGAAGCGGGGCCUGGGGGCGGUUGGACCCCUGGGAUCCUGAAGGAGGGGCGGAGAGGGCGCUCACCUCUGCUUCUGCUCCUGCUACCGGGACGCGGCCUCCCUGCCGCUCCCCUCCCGCUGCCAUGCAGCCCACGGCCUUCCCGCUUCCUGUGGUUGUGGCCGCAGUGCUGUGGGGAGCGACCCCCACCCGCGGGCUCAUUCGAGCGACCUCGGACCACAAUGCCAGCAUGGACUUUGCAGACCUGCCAGCGCUCUUUGGGGCUGCCCUGAGCCAAGAAGGACUGCAGGGCUUCCUUGUGGAGGCUCACCCGGCCAACGCCUGCAGCCCCAUUGCCCCACCGCCCCCAGCCCCGGUCAAUGGGUCAGUCUUUAUUGCCCUGCUUCGAAGAUUCGACUGCAACUUUGACGUCAAGGUCCUCAAUGCUCAGAAGGCGGGGUUCGGCGCCGCUGUGGUGCACAACGUGAACUCCAAUGAGCUUCUGAACAUGGUGUGGAACAGCGAGGAAAUCCAGCAGCAGAUCUGGAUCCCGUCGGUGUUUAUUGGGGAGAGGAGCUCCGAGUACCUGCGCGCCCUCUUUGUCUACGAGAAGGGGGCCCGGGUGCUACUGGCCCCGGACAACAGCUUCCCUUUGGGCUAUUACCUCAUCCCUUUUACAGGGAUUGUGGGGCUGCUGGUUUUGGCCAUGGGAGCAGUGAUGAUAGUCCGCUGUGUCCAGCACCGGAAACGGCUCCAGCGGAACCGGCUGACCAAAGAGCAGCUAAAACAGAUUCCCACGCAUGACUAUCAAAAGGGAGACCAGUACGAUGUGUGUGCCAUCUGCCUGGACGAGUAUGAGGACGGAGACAGGCUGAGGGUGCUCCCCUGUGCUCAUGCCUACCACAGCCGCUGCGUGGACCCUUGGCUCACCCAGACUCGGAAGACCUGCCCCAUCUGCAAGCAGCCCGUGCAUCGGGGUCCAGGGGAUGAGGAGCAGGAGGAAGAAACUCAGGGGCAAGAGGGUGAUGAAGGGGAGCCAGGGGACCAACCUGCCUCAGAACGGACCCCGCUUCUGGGCUCCAGCCCCACACUUCCCACCUCCUUUGGCUCCCUGGCCCCAACCCCCCCAGUCUUCCUGGGGUCUCCAGCAGACCCCCCGCCCUCUCCCUCCUGCUCUUCAGAGGCAGCCUUGCUGGUCUAAUACUGCCCUUGCCCCCCUCCCACGCCUUCCAAUGACCUAUUUGCACAGCCCUUUUGCCUCCCUCCGAUCUUCUGUGUUGAGGGACGGAACAUUUCCAGCCCAGCUUUCUCCCUUGCCCAACCCCAUCCUUUUGAAGGGGUCAGGGUAUAGAGGGACUGGGUCGUCACUUACGGGGUCAAUAAAAAAAAUUUUGUGAACUGA